GAAACAACACAAGAUGGAUACUUACUAAUCGUGCAGAACAAAAUAUGGUCGCCGAUCUUCAGCGAGCGCAUGCAGAUGAACUUUUCAAAAACCGAGUGCAGUGGACUCUGCUCUGUAUACACUGUCGAUGAAUGUCAUGGCUUCAACUACAUUCCAGCACCGAAUCCUGAUGCUGGCCAAGCAACAUGUCAACUAUUUCUCAUGGACCUGACCACUACAAAGACUAGUAAUCAAACCGGGGCCAGUGUUUAUAUUCGAGACAUGGACGCGAGUUGGAUAAGAACGAGGUACUACGACGUGGACAAGAAGGUCUACAUGUUCUUCAUCCAAGGCGUGAUCAUGUUUGAUCAGGUCUCAGGGUAUUGCCAAGGACUCGGCGGUUCUUUAGCAUCGCUGACUUCAAUGACGAAAUUCGAAUUCUAUCAAGAAGCACUGAUGGGCUCGUGGUGUUUCAUGGGAAUGUUUGACACAGAAAUCACUGGCGUCUUCACUGAUGCGCAUGGUGUGAAGACGAGAAAUACGGAUCCUGUCGAAGCUAGGUAUGGUGAUGCUGAAGGUUACGACGGUCAUUGUUUGGUGACUUGGAACUCUGCUGAGUUAGGCAUGUACAGAACUGGAGACCAUAUUUGCGCAUAUACAGGGCCUUUCAUAUGCGAAUUUCCUCGGAUUCGUGACUGGGGCUGCUUUGAGGUUCCACCAAAGCCAUCCGGAGCAGUUUAUCAAAACUGGAAUGGAAAGGACUAUCCCAUAGCAAGUGGUGCUUUAGUAACUUCAGUUUGUCCAGCUGGUUCACGUUUUCAGACAGGUGCAAUGUCCUACUCAGUCACCUGCGGGACAGAUGGAUAUUUCAUUCGACCACCUAGACCAAAUCCGUUUUGCACAGGUGGAGACGGUUACACGGAAACAACCGUGGAUAAAACUUGCUACAAGAUCAUUGAAGAGUCUAUUUUCCCCCUGGAGGCUGAAAAGUAUUGUGCAACAAUGGGAGGAAGUUUGCUGACUUACUUACCGACCAGACUCCAAUUAUUCCGCGAUUUAUUUUUCCCUGCAAAUUCAACCAAUUAUGGCGCACAUUUCUACACGGGCUACACCGACUUGGCAAUAGAGGGCAUAUACAAGGACUCCAAAGGUAACAUUUUGCCAAAUUGCAUGGGGCCCAUGGAGCCGGGCGGAGGAACACUGGAAAACGUGGUCGGAUUUUAUUUUUCGCGAGACGGAUCGUCUUCAAGUUGUUACGAUGGCGAAAAUUUACCCUUCAUGCGAUCCGUAUGCAAAUUUUCCAACUGUUGACAUAUUUCCUUGAUACUGUAUCAUGCAUCACCGAAAUGCGUGAAUAUGCUUUGAUCUCUGCCCGUUCUUUGGAGAACUUGGAACCUUGAAAAAUAUUUCCUCGGAUAUUGCAGAAUAGAUACCACUGAAACACUUUUGAAAGUUUGCGAAUAGAGAAAAAAAUAUAUCCUGCAAUUUUCAGCCGCAGGUACAAAUUUUUUUUAGAAUGGACAUAAGAUAUAUUCUCUAUGGUUCCCUGGAAGGAAUUCUGGUUCAAGAUUUCGAAAAAUCCUCUCCGCAAUUGAUGAGAUUACAAUCAUAACCUUCCUUUUUCAACAUAUCGACGCUAUACAAGUACAAAAAAUGAAUGUGAU